GGCUCGUGGUCGUCUUUGGAGCAGAGAGGAGGCAACGGCCCCCAUGGAGUACAAGGUGAUCUGUGCCCUGGUCCUGGUCUCUGUGCUGGCCCUCAGCACCCUGGCCGAGACCCAGUCAGAGACGUGUGUGAUGGCCCCCCGUGAAAGAAAGAAUUGUGGUUUUCCUGGUGUCACCGCCUCCCAGUGCACAAGUAAGGGCUGCUGUUUUGAUGACACCAUCCCUGGCUUCCCCUGGUGCUUCACUCCUAAGACCAUCGAUGUCCCUCCAGAAGAUGAGUGUGAAUUUUAGACAUUUCUGCAGAGAUCUGCCUGCAUCCUGAUGCAGGUGGUUAGUCCCAGAGCUUGGCUGCCACCUCCACGGGACACCUCAGACACGCUCCUGAAGCCGUGCCUCGAUUCUCAACACAGAUUGACUACUCUGACUUUGACUACUCAAAAUGGGCCUGAAAAUUAAAAGAGAUUGAUGUUA